AAACCGAAUUCAGAAUGCGGGGAUAAUAGCGGAGGAGUUCGUAAAGUGGAGGAUGGGUACCACGUCUAGGAGGUUUCGCGUGCUGGGGCAGCUAGUGGUUGUCGAUUAUCAGUUACCCGCCUUCUCAGUAUUCGCCAUCAGCAUGUCUUACUCGUCUUCAACUUGACAUCACGACCUUCUAUCAAUCUCUAUCAUCACACUUCCGACAUAGGAGACGCUCGAGAUGUCAUCACCAAUGCCAUUCCGAAUCAUUAUCGUGGGCGGUGGGAUCGCAGGAUUGGCAGCUGCCAUAGCCUUACGGAAGGACGAUCGCCAGAUCACGAUCCUGGAACAAUCUCGACUCAGCACAGAGAUUGGCGCUACAAUCUCGCUCCAACCCAACGCCACGAGGAUCUUACAGCAGUCAUGGGGGCUAGAAGCCCUACUCGAGGACUCUAAUGGUACAAUCGAUCACGGGUUCAGGAUAUAUAGCGUUGAUGGCAAGAUGGUGAAUGAGAUACCUCUACGAAGUAAGACACAGUAUGGGGCAGACCGUAUUAUGUGGCACCGUGAGGAUCUUCAUGCCUAUCUCAGGGAUAAAGCCACAAGCACCGAACGGGAUGGCCAGCCGGCGGUUCUACGUACCUCAGCGCGAGUGUCCAGCUGCGACUGCGAAGAAGGCAAAGUGAUACUUGAGAAUGGUGAAACUCUGGAAGCAGAUCUUGUCAUCGGCGCGGAUGGCAUUCACAGCGCCCUGCGUACUUCUGUUCUCGGUAAAGAGAUUCAUCCCAAACCCACGGGGUCCUCAGCCUACCGGCUUAUGCUACCAACUGCGAUCCUUAACGAACGUGCGCCACAAUUCUCUGCGAACAUCAAACCAGAACAGCCCUACACAUCCAUGAUCAUGGCACACUCCUGCCGGCUUAUCAUGGGUCCCGCUCGCGACGCAAAGCUCUACAGCAUUGUCGGCCUAGUACCGGACGAGCAGAUGAAUGAAGAUCCUGAUAAAGCGCAGUCAUGGGUAACGAAAGGAGAUUCAGCAAAGAUGUUGGAGACCUUCAAGGACUUUCCCAGCUGGACCAGAGACAUGCUUCGAAAUGCCGACAGUAUAGGCCUUUGGCAGCUGCGCGACUUGGAUCCACUAGAUACAUGGCAUUCUGGGCGUACGAUUCUCAUUGGAGAUGCAGCGCAUGCUAUGCUGCCCACCCAAGGUCAAGGCGCAAGCCAGACUAUCGAGGACGCUGAAGCUUUAGGGGCGCUCUUCGACAGCAUCACUGGGAGACCUACCAAAGACGAAGUAUCUUUCAUCCUGGAAAACGUAUUCAAGAGUCGAUAUGAACGUGCGAGCUUGAUACAACGAUUCAGUCGCGAGGCUGCGAAGCCUGCGACGGAAAAGGGCAGCAAUGUCAUCAAAAUGCGCCCUGAUGAGUUCAUGGACUACAACUGCACAUAUCGGGGGGUACACGAUUGGGAACAAAAGCGUUCGAUUUCAGCAAUAACAGUCGGUCUCCAGAGAGCUGCAGUAGCUUAGACUUCGUCAGACACUCCAGUGAACAUGAGUGUUAACGAGACCCGAUCCAUGCCUUCUCAAUCGAUAUAUUUACUGCGAUUACAGUUGUAUGCCAAAAGCUUCAAUAGCUGAGGUUUGAGUCGUGAAUCAUGGUUACUGCCGAGGGAGUUGGAGGCUUGGCGAUUAAUGUGCCGACGGUUCGACUGCCGUGACUCCCCAGACGCACCCCGCAUCUGAGCAAGGGUAGGUGCGCCCACUUUCCGAAACCCGAGAACACGGUGCGCUUUGAACUACCUGCUCCUCUCCCACAUUUCCGUUCUUCAGCCUUUGGAUCAUAAUGUCUGUCGAUAUGGCGGUGACACCAACGAAUGCGCGACCCUCCAAGCGUCAGCGGACUUCCGAUGCCUCAAUUGGUGCGCUUCAGUGUCAAGU